AUGAGUAAUACAGGGGUAGUUGUCAGCUUCUAUGGUCGAAAGGGUUAUGGUUUUAUCAAACCCGAUCAAGCCGAGGAAAACCUGUUUGUGCACCAUUCUGAGAUCAAAACAGAUGGUUAUCGGACUCUUCGUGAAGGUCAGGAGGUUAAGUUUUCGGUUGUUGAGUUGAAAGAUGGGGGUAAAAAGGCUAUCAAGGUCACCCCUGUUGACAAUAUAAACGUUAAGAAAAACCGUAAGAAACGUAAUGGCAAAACUAAUGGCGGGGUUGAUGAUCGUGUGUGUUAUAACUGUGAUGGCGUUGGGCAUCUUAGUAGAAAUUGUACUAGUGUUGUCAAGUGUGUAAAGUGUGGUGUGAUGGCCCACAAUGUAAGGGAAUGUCCUAUGAAAACAGGGGUAGUUGUUAGCUUUUAUGGUCCCAAAGGUUACAGUUUUAUCAAGCCCGACGAAGCCGGGGAAGACUUGUUCGUUCACCAAUCUGAUAUCCACACAGAUGGUUACCGAUCUCUUCGUAAAGGUCAGAGGGUCAGGUUUUUGGUUGCUGAGAUCAAUGGGACGGCUGUUAAGGUCACCCCUGUUGACAAAAUAUAG